AUGAAUGAGGUUGAUCGGUUGAAUAAGCUUAGUGAUGCAGCAUGGACGCUGUCUGAAAGAGUUCCCCGGAAACAUACAAAGAGAGCCAACCAGGACGAAGACCCUGGUGCAUUUCACGAGACUGUACAGGAGGACACUGAGUCAGGCCGGUACUCAUCAAAGGCACCAUCUUCCUCACCAGAACACUCUCCAUCUUCAGCCGAAAGCUCGUCCGCAGCCGCAUCUCGUCAUGCACCUACCAGCACCGACAUCCCCGUUGACAAGUCUGCAAGCCCAGAGGCUAGUUCUUCACGAGUGAAGAAGCGUAAGGCGAAGGCUACCCACCCAAAGACUUCUGAGUCCAAGAAGCCCUAG